CUAUAUCCAAAAAAUAAGUAGAAAAACAUUAACUCUGUACCUCCUGUCUUGUAAAGAGCAGAAAGUGACCGUAGAAAAACUAUCUGCUAGUCAAUUUCAUUCACCUUCUUCUCUCCUAAGCCACCCAAAAAAAAAAAAAAAAAAACCAAAUUUCUUAUAGCAAUUGUGUUGAAGAAGAUUCAGCCAUUACCAAAAAGCUUUUGCUUGUCUGUGAAGUUUUUUUUUUUGCCUUUUCUGUUGGUUUCCAUUAAAGCUUUUGACACGAGAAGUUGUUGGCAAACCAAAUAAAGUUUCAAUCUUUACCUUAUAUAAGCCCCUUUGUAUCAUUCUUCUCUUCAGCUAUACGGUAAAUAUGAUACCAUUCUUUGUUUUUUUGACUCCCCUGUUUUUCCUUCUGCAAAAUAGUUUCUUUGUACAUGGGAUUUUAGACCCAAUUGAUUUCUUAGCUUUACAAGCGAUUCGGAAAAGCUUAGAUGAUUUACCAGGUUCGAAAUAUUUUGCUUCAUGGGAUUUCACCUCUGAGCCAUGUGACUUCGCUGGAGUUUACUGCAGUGGAAAUAAAGUGAUCGCACUGAAUCUUGGUGAUCCAAGAGCCGGGUCACCGGGUUUAACCGGAAAUUUGGAUCCUUCUAUUGGGAAACUCUCUGAUCUUGCGGAGUUUACAGUGGUUCCGGGUCGGAUAACGGGUCCAUUACCCGAAAGUAUUUCUCAGUUGAAAAACCUGAGGUUUCUUGGAGUUAGCCGGAAUUUUCUUUCCGGUGAUAUUCCGGCUUCAUUAGGCCAACUUAGGGGGUUACAAACACUUGACCUUAGUUUUAAUCAGCUUACUGGUAAUAUCCCUUGGGCUAUUGGAGCACUUCCAACAUUGUCCAACGUUAUAUUAUGUCACAACCAUUUGUCUGGUUCAAUACCACCUUUUGUGUCCCAAAGAUUAACCCGUUUAGACCUUAAACACAACGAACUUUCUGGUACCCUUUUGCCUAAUUCACUUCCUUCAUCACUUGAAUACUUGUCAUUGUCAUGGAACCAGUUAUCAGGUCCAGUUGAUUAUCUUUUAACUCGGUUGAACCAGUUGAACUACCUUGAUCUUAGCUUGAACCGGUUCACUGGCUGCAUUCCAGGAAUCUUGUUUACUUUCCCACUCACAAAUCUUCAACUACAAAGGAAUUUAUUUACUGGUCCGGUUUUACCCAUGUCACAAGUGACAAUACCAACGGUGGAUAUCAGUUUUAACAGGUUUUUUGGGGAGAUAUCACCAUUGUUGUCUAAUGUGCAGAAUUUGUAUCUGAAUAAUAACCGGUUCACUGGUCAGGUUCCAGCGGUUUUGGUGGACCGUUUGUUAGCAGCAGGGAUACAGGUUUUGUAUUUACAGCAUAAUUUUCUGACAGGGAUUGAGAUUAAACCAACGGUGGAGAUUCCGGUUAGCAGUUCACUGUGUUUGCAGUAUAAUUGCAUGAUUCCGCCGGUUCAGACCGCUUGUCCGUUGAAAGCCGGGAAGCAGAAGAGUAGGCCUACAAAUCAGUGUGUGGAGUGGAAGGGGCAAAAGGGUGAAAAAACAAACAAUAUUAAAGGAUAAAUUAUGGUUUGAUUGUUCUUUUUUAUUUGAUUCAUUAUUUAAUUUUUUCCUGUUUGUGGUGAAAUUAUUAUGGGGUUAAAAAAUAAGAAAGUAAAUGUGCAUAAAGGAGAGAAAAUUCGAGUAAAAGUGGGGAAGGGUGGAUUGACCGUCCUAUUAUUUUUAUGUUAUGUUUUCUAUUAAGCUAAAAAAGUGUGACUAACAAUUUUGGCAUUUCUUUUUUGUAAUUAGGUUAUAAUAUUUUGCUGCAUAUUCAAUUUAUAUUGGGUUCCCAUUAUAUCCUUUAUACGGUUUUCAAGUUCAAGGAAAUUAUUUCUAUCCUUUUCAAUUUUGUUGUUGACAAACAGAUCAAGGGUUCCUUUUCAAGAAUGAUUGUUUUAUGUGUACUCUCUGUGUAUGUUAUUGAGCUUUGGAGCAACAAAAAAUGUCUUCGUGUGAUUCAGGUCAUGAAUUUGAGUCGUAGAAUCAGCAAGCUUGCGUACGUAGGCUAGUGGGAGACUCAUGGAUUUGAGCUAUGAAAUAUACUUGUGUCAUGAUGGACUAUCUACAUCACGUUCUCUUGAUGUGCGGCCCUUUUAGUUUUCUCUGAUCUUGCAUGAACCAGAAGCUUCGCCCACCCAGCUGCCCGUUCUCCAAAGAUGUUAUCUAACGUUCAAGACCUCAAGUGUUUGGUGGGGUAUGUGUAUGUGCCGGUCUAGUGUUGAUGCUGUCUACCUUUUUCCUGUUUACAACAACAGAGAGAAGAUAUGCUUUUUCUAGGUUUACGUUUGUUUGGAUACUCAACUGACACAGACAGACUAUACGUUACAAGUCUACAUAAUUGGAUAUUUGGAUUGACAGCCAUGUCCAUUAACAUCUCAUGUAAUAAUCGAUUAAACAUAAGUUCUCUCUUGUCUGCCUGUCUUAAUUUCCUCUUCCCUUGGUGUAGGAGUUCUUUUUGGCUA